UACAUUAACAAUAUCAGGUUUGUAGUUGUCAAUCAGGCUUUGAAAUUCAAGGCGUUUAUCUUUACCCUUUAAGCUACAAGCAUUCAGUGUUAACACUCUCAAUUUGUGGGGGUCUUUCAUUUUAUUUGAUGCAGGAGAUCUUUGCCUGGGGGAGGAUGUUAGUGGCUGGGGCGAUUCUGAGCCGGAUGAUUGUACUGAUGUUGAUAAAGAUAAAUAAUAAUUGUCAUCAGGAAUGUCAGGACCACUUGAUGACUUUGAGAAAUUGGCCACAUCACAGGCACAGCAGAUCCAAGAACAAGAACUGUUAGCAAGUGUAUUGUAACUUUCAUUGCUUAUUGAGCAGCAUUUUGUGUGAUACCAUGCAUCGCAGUAGUCGCACUGAAUACCCUUCUGGUUGCAUUUAACUGGUUUUGAGCAUGCUCCACAGGGAUACCGGUAGGUGGGACCGGGAUUGAGAGGGAUGUCCCCACUAAGAAUGAGUAGGCGAAAGGCGAGUGAGCUUGGGUUACUCCUUGGAGCGAUCAAUUUUCUACGAUUGGGAUGAAUAUUGUUCAUGAAAAUUUUAACUUUGUCCAGGCUCAUUUCAAAAAGUGCUGGUGAAAUGAAGGGUCCGGCCUUAGACUCAAUUAGUGGGCUCUGCCACCGUAAUAAGAAAUUCUGGAGAUGUAGAGCAAAUAGGAGUACUAUCAAGGGGGCCAUGAGGUGGCCUGCCAUUAUGCCAGAUAUAAUUAUUAUAUAUAUAUAUAUAUUUUUUUUCUGAAAAAGAAUUACAGAAAUAGUAUUGUAGGUUAUUUUCCGGUUAUUCCGGUUAAAUAAUUGUUUGAUUGUAUAUAAUUAUUUGAUUAGUUUCCCUUUCUUUUAUUUAACUAGAUCAAUUAAUUAUUAAUAAUCAAUAAUCAAGGUAAAAUUAAGUAGAAUAAAAUAGUUAAAAGACUACAAUGAAAAUGCAGGGUGGCAAAAACAAGUUGGACUCGAGUCGCCCGUAAACUGAACCAACGCGCUCAGUCAACAAUGCACUUAGAACCCACUGGUAGAAAAACUCCAAGCAGUAUUACACAACAACGCAAUCCGACCGCAAUCACUAACUCUUUGUCAUCAACCCAACUGUGACUGGCCUACCGUGAGACUGACACAACAACAGCGCAUCGCAAUCAGGGCUCAGAGAAAUAUGCAAAUCCUUCGCAGAAUUUACAGGCGACUGAUUUCGGAGCUGAAUAAAUUAUUGUUUGUAAGUGAAGAAUUAUCCAAAAUAUCACUUAAGCUUAUUGUGAAAACACAUGGCGGCCAAGAGGAAACCCGAUCAAAAACACUUUGAACUCUUUCUUCAGGAGGAGAUCUGUUGUCCGAUAUGCACGGAAAUAUUCGAGACUCCUAAAUGCCUGCCUGUGUGUGCGCAUAAUGUAUGUUUAUCGUGCCUUAAGAAGAUGAAGAUAGAGCAAGGUUUUAUCAAGUGUCCGAUUUGUAGGAAGAAGACGAAGAUAACGAAUCCAGCGGAAUGCCUCCCAACUAACUCCCUCCUUGUCAGGCUAGUAGAAAACGCACCGGGAAGAAAAGAAGAAUUGGAAUUGAGAAACGAGCUUAAAACCGCAAAACGAGUUUUGGAUGCAAAGCUGAAAAAGGUCUUGAGUAUCUUUUCUACGUAUCAGUCGUUGUCUCGGGAAAUAUUAAAUCAUGCAGAAACCAUGCAAAAAAAUAUAAAAGAACAAGCAGAUUCCUUAAUUCUACAAGUUCAAGAGAAAACCGGUUUUACAUCAGUUAUCAGUCCUGCUUGUGUAGCAAGAGAGAAAGAAUACCUUGCCUUUAGGUCAAAAAUUGCACAGAUCGAGGACACUCUAAAGAAUGGCAAUUUGACUGAAAUUGCUGAACUAAGCAGCGCCUACAUAGCAGAGUUAAAGGCGAUUCAAGAUCUCCCAGCCUUAGAAGUCCCAGCUUUUAAUAGGGGAGUCCGAUUUAAGAAGGGCCCGGAUGUGAAUAUUGGAAGGCUAAAAAUGACCCACAAAUGGGGCAAGUGAAAAUACACCAAAACAAAGACCUAUAUGACCCAAAAAUAAAGACCCUAAAAGAUAAUGGAUAAUGGGAAUCUGAUUAAGCAAGGAAUAAUCUGAUAGAUUAUGUAUUCUUGAUUAUUUAUUCAUGACGCCAUGGUCCUGCUGAAUGUCCUGCUGAAUGACGUCAUAUAUAUAUAUACGUUUUUUAGUUUAGGGUAGGAAGAGAGAACCAUUUGUGAGAAACCUCCACGGUUAAAAUUUAACCCUCCAAAAAUAAAGAAUAUUGUAUUGCAUUGUUCAACAGACAAGACAGGGCGCACUGUAAAGACUUCGAUAGACAAGAUAGACCGCACUGUACAGACUUCAAUAGACAAGUUAUGGUGCACUGUACAGAUUUCUACAGAAGUCUGUACAGUGCGCGCUGUCUUGUCUGGUGAAGUCUGAACAGUGCGCGCUGCCUGUCUUGUGAAGUCGUUGUAGCACACGCAUAUACAUGCCUUAAUAACAUAAGUUAUUAUAGGUAAUUUGAGGUGUUUGGCAUUAUUAGUUACCUGCUACGUAGUUUCGUAGUCCAGUUUUUUGCAUGCACAAGGGCAAUGUUAAUUAAAUGAAACGAAAUAAAUCAGAAAUGGUG